AUGUUUGAGAGUUUGAAGAAUUGGCUUUUUCAUGAAGACUAAGGAGAUUUCGAAUAAUUUAAAUUAAUAUCAAAAUAACCAAAAUUAAGAUUGCCUCCUAAUUUUGCUUAAUAAAUUCUAGACUUAGAAUUAGAAUUAGAAAAUGAGAAGGUGAAUUAAAAAAUGGUUAAUGAUUUAUUAGCUCUAUAUAAAGUAAAUUAAGUUAAUUAAGGAAGCUAGGAACAGAAUAUUAUGGUUAGAAUGAUGAUAAGAAAUAUAAGAUAUUUACUGAAAAGGCAAGUAAGCUUCUAAUGAAAUCAAAUGUAUAAAAGGCAUUUGAGCCAAGUUAAAAACAUGAUUCAAGAGAUGCCAUAUCAACAGCUAGAGAAUUUAAUUAAAAUAAUUCUUUAAUGAGGUCAAUGAUAAAUAGAGAUUUGUAAAAGCAAGAGGAAAACAUCUUAUAAAGACGUUAAAAUAGAAGAGAGAUAUUAUAAUCAAAAUAAUGA